GUCCGCGGCGUCUGGAAUGAGUAGGCAGUAGCGGGCGAACCGGCGACCGGGCCGACGGUGAGCGCGGCCUGCUCUCUCCGAGGAAGAAAGAGGAGGUCGUGUUCCCGGUCUCCGGGAUCCCCCAGCCCCGCACCCUGCCCCGCCGGCGAAGGAGAAGCUGAGGAGCCGCCGCCGCCCGGCGCCGCCGCCAUGGCUGCCAUGAUGGGUCGGAAGUGAGCCUGCGGGCGACGGUGCCGGCGCGGGCGCUGCAGCCCCGGUCCCGGCCGCUCCGCCGGGGAAGCGCGACGUCGUGGACCGCGGGCCCUCGGCCUUUGCGACCCCAGCCCCUCGGCUCGGCCCGUUUCCUCCAAGACUGAGCGGCGGGGAGUGGCUCCCGGCCUUCGACCCCGGCAGCCAGGAAGAUGGCGGACCCGGCCGAGUGCAACAUCAAAGUGAUGUGUCGCUUCAGACCGCUGAACGAGUCCGAGGUGAACCGCGGCGAUAAGUACAUCGCCAAGUUUCAGGGAGAAGACACGAUCAUGAUCGCGUCCAAGCCUUAUGCAUUUGACCGGGUGUUCCAGUCAAACACAUCUCAAGAGCAAGUGUAUAAUGACUGUGCAAAGAAGAUUGUUAAAGAUGUGCUUGAGGGGUACAAUGGAACCAUAUUUGCAUAUGGACAAACCUCCUCCGGGAAGACACACACAAUGGAGGGUAAACUUCAUGAUCCAGAAGGCAUGGGAAUUAUUCCAAGAAUAGUGCAAGAUAUUUUUAAUUAUAUUUACUCCAUGGAUGAAAAUUUGGAAUUUCAUAUUAAGGUUUCAUAUUUUGAAAUUUAUUUGGAUAAGAUAAGGGACCUGUUAGAUGUUUCAAAGACCAAUCUUUCAGUUCAUGAAGAUAAAAACCGAGUUCCCUAUGUAAAGGGGUGUACAGAGCGUUUCGUAUGUAGUCCAGAUGAAGUUAUGGACACCAUAGAUGAAGGAAAAUCCAACAGACACGUAGCGGUUACAAAUAUGAAUGAACAUAGCUCUAGGAGUCACAGUAUAUUUCUUAUUAAUGUAAAACAAGAGAACACGCAAACGGAACAAAAACUGAGUGGAAAACUUUAUCUGGUUGAUUUAGCUGGUAGUGAAAAGGUUAGUAAAACUGGAGCUGAAGGUGCUGUGCUGGAUGAAGCUAAGAACAUCAACAAGUCCCUUUCUGCUCUUGGAAAUGUCAUUUCCGCUUUGGCUGAGGGUAGUACAUAUGUUCCAUAUCGAGAUAGUAAAAUGACAAGAAUCCUUCAAGAUUCAUUAGGUGGGAACUGUAGAACCACUAUUGUAAUUUGCUGCUCUCCAUCAUCAUACAAUGAAUCUGAAACAAAAUCUACACUCCUGUUUGGUCAGAGGGCCAAAACAAUUAAGAACACAGUUUGUGUCAAUGUAGAGUUAACUGCAGAACAGUGGAAAAAGAAGUAUGAAAGAGAAAAAGAAAAAAACAAGACCCUGCGGAACACCAUUCAAUGGCUUGAAAAUGAACUCAACCGAUGGCGUAAUGGAGAGACAGUGCCUAUUGAUGAACAGUUUGACAAAGAGAAAGCCAACUUGGAAGCUUUUGCAGUGGAUAAGGAUAUUACUAUUACCAAUGAUAAACCAGCAGCCACAAUUGGAGUUACUGGGAACUUUACUGAUUCUGAAAGAAGGAAGUGUGAAGAAGAAAUUGCUAAGUUGUACAAACAGCUUGAUGACAAGGAUGAAGAAAUUAAUCAGCAGAGCCAACUGGUAGAGAAACUGAAGACCCAAAUGUUGGAUCAGGAAGAGCUUCUGGCAUCUACCAGAAGGGAUCAAGAUAAUAUGCAGGCUGAGCUGAAUCGUCUUCAGGCAGAAAAUGAUGCCUCUAAAGAAGAAGUAAAGGAAGUUUUACAAGCCUUAGAGGAACUUGCUGUCAACUAUGAUCAGAAGUCUCAGGAAGUUGAAGACAAAACUAAGGAAUAUGAAUUACUUAGUGAUGAGCUGAAUCAGAAAUCGGCAAGUUUAGCAAGUAUAGAUGCUGAGCUUCAGAAACUUAAGGAAAUGACCAACCACCAGAAAAAGCGAGCAGCGGAGAUGAUGGCAUCUUUACUGAAAGACCUGGCAGAAAUAGGGAUUGCUGUAGGAAACAACGACGUAAAGCAGCCUGAGGGAACUGGCAUGAUAGAUGAAGAGUUCACUGUUGCAAGGCUCUACAUUAGCAAAAUGAAGUCAGAAGUGAAAACCAUGGUGAAGCGCUGCAAACAGCUAGAAAGCACACAAACUGAGAGCAACAAAAAAAUGGAAGAAAAUGAAAAGGAGUUAGCAGCAUGCCAGCUUCGUAUCUCUCAACAUGAAGCCAAAAUCAGAUCAUUGACUGAAUACCUUCAAAAUGUGGAGCAAAAGAAAAGACAGCUGGAGGAGUCUGUGGAUUCCCUCAGUGAGGAACUAGUCCAGCUUCGAGCACAAGAGAAGGUGCAUGAAAUGGAAAAGGAGCAUUUGAAUAAAGUUCAGACUGCAAAUGAAGUCAAGCAAGCUGUUGAACAGCAGAUCCAAAGCCACAGAGAAACGCAUCAAAAACAAAUUAGUAGUUUGAGAGAUGAAGUUGAGGCAAAAGAAAAACUUAUCACUGAUCUUCAAGACCAGAACCAGAAGAUGGCAUUAGAGCAAGGGCGCCUGAGAGCAGAGCACGAGAAGCUGAAAGCUACAGAGCAGGACAAAAGCAGAAAGCUACGUGAACUUACGGUUAUGCAAGAUAGACGAGAACAAGCGAGACAAGACCUGAAGGGUUUGGAAGAGACGGUGGCGAAGGAACUUCAGACUUUACACAACCUGCGGAAGCUCUUUGUUCAGGACCUGGCCACCAGGGUUAAAAAGAGCGCCGAGGUUGAUUCGGAUGACACCGGAGGCAGUGCUGCUCAGAAGCAAAAAAUCUCCUUUCUUGAGAAUAAUCUUGAACAACUCACCAAAGUCCACAAACAGCUGGUACGUGAUAACGCAGAUCUUCGCUGUGAGCUUCCUAAGCUGGAAAAGCGACUCAGAGCUACAGCUGAGAGAGUGAAAGCUUUGGAGUCGGCACUGAAAGAGGCCAAAGAAAAUGCAUCUCGUGAUCGCAAACGCUAUCAGCAGGGAGAAGUAGAUCGUAUAAAGGAAGCAGUCAGGUCAAAGAAUAUGGCCAGAAGAGGGCAUUCUGCACAAAUUGCUAAACCUAUUCGUCCUGGGCAACAUCCGGCAGCUUCUCCGGCUCAUCCCAGUGCAGUUCGUGGGGGAGGCGCACCUGUGCAGAACGGCCCGCCGGCAGCCGUGCGAGGUGGAGGAGGUGAGCAGGCGUGGCUUCACGCGGCGCCCUCGGGUCUGUGCUCUCUGGCUGGCUUCGGAGUCACAGCUGUCCGUGGGGAUGUUCAGCCAUUGGUGGCUAAGCAGUGUUUUGGAUUCUCACAGUAG